ACUGAUUAAUGUUGGAUUCGAUAUAAAAGCAAAUGGAUUUAAAAAUUUUCACAAAAUGAAUAAAUUUUUGGUUACCAAUCCCAAAAGUGGUUUUAAUAAAGAAGAAUUAAAAGAAUACGAACGAAAUGCCAUAUCAAAUAUUUCUUACGAAUUUCCCAAAAAUACUGAACAGAAAAUCGUAUAUGGAAUUUCGUAUGUUAAUGAACUGGGGAAACAUAUUCUAAACAUAAAUCGUAUGUUGUCAAUUACAAGUUGGUGUGCAAUCCAUGCAAAUACUGAAACGGAUGUGGAAGAAUUUUCAGUAAAUAAACCCUAUGGACAAUUGACUGAAAGUACUAGUUAUACACAAUAUUCAAGACGUAUAGCACGUAAUAUAGGAAUGCCGAAAUCUUAUCAGGUCAUUGUUUUCAAAACUACAAUGGUCUGUCACGAGGAAGUAUCAACUACUCUUGCAGAACUUAAAAAAAAUGCUUUAUAUUAUGCAAUGAAAGAUGCAUAUUUUGAGUUGUACCGCAAGUACAAUAGAGUUCUUAAACUACAUCCGCUAAAUUGGUGCGCAAUCAACGGCACAUUAAAGUCUUGA